ACGCACGCCGACAGUGGAACAUUUACCCGUCUAUAGAUUCCGUCAAGUUUCCACAAAUGAGUUUGUCUCGAGGUGUUGGACACCAUCAUGAAAUAUUCUGCGCCGUGCCCGUUGUGGAGACUGAGCUGACUGAGCUGAAUGCUAACAGACAUCAGUUUAACACUCUGCUAAACUAUGGAUUAACUAUUUCAUUCAGUGUGAGAUCGUUUAAUCUUUACAUUGUCAUUUCCGCGACCUUAAAUUUAAACGCCGUUGUCGACUGCCAGACCUAGCAAGUCGUCUGUUAGAUGCAUCGUAAAACUGUAGGAUAUGAGUUUGUUGCACAGCUUUGCGAACGCCAUCCUUAUGUCAGUUGGACCCGAAGUUGAUGAGGAAAUCAUGGUGAAGUUGGUGAUUAUAGUUCUGAUCAUCCAGCUGACCAUGUCUGGGGUCUCUCCUGCCUGUGGUCGAGCUGAAUAUCGUAUAGGGCAGGAAUGCUGCCCUAUGUGUGGUCCUGGUUAUUAUGUACGGAAACACUGCACUGAGUUUUCCAGCACGGCAUGUGUUCCAUGCCUGCCACCUACCUACACGGAUGCACCAAAUGGACUGGCGUCCUGUAAAUCCUGCACAGUUUGUGACUCGAGUGCAGGUCUAAGAGUGAAGAGGACGUGCAGCUCCACUUCAGACUCACUCUGUGAGCAUCUGGAAGGUCACUACUGUACUGACCCAAUCAAAGAUGGCUGCCGAGGAGCUGUGGAACACUCAAAGUGCUCACCAGGGCAGUAUGUCAAACAGACAGGUACAGUAUCCACAGAUACUGUGUGUGGUGACUGUGUAGGCGACACAUACUCAAAUGGAUCAUUCACAUCCUGCAGACCACACACACGGUGUGACUUGAUUGGACUUGUUGUCCUAAGAGAAGGAUCAUCUUCUUAUGACUCUGAUUGUAGUCAAAGACAAAACACUGUUGCCAAUGUAGCUGGUAUCAUAGCUGGUGUUGCAGUCCUAGCUGCUGCAUGUGGGGCUGUGGCAUUUAUAUAUAAUAGAAGAAAUAGGAAAAGAAAAGCUCAACAAGAGAAAGAGAGGUCAGGCCAUACUUACAACAGAGGUACAGUUACAACAGAGACUGAACCAGACACGACUGCCAAAUGACCUGUUCUUCUUCUGGACCAACUGACCACAGUGCCACCUCUCUAUUACUGCUGUGCUACACCACCUCACUACUGCAGAGACUGCUGCCCUGAGAUGCCAGAGUGGGGACCUGCAUACCAUGAUCAGAACAACACUUGCUGGAUGAGGAUGUUAUAACUCGAUCACGUCUUAUCAAAACACAUAUUGUUUGUGGCAUUUCAGCACCUGACUUUCCUCAUGAAGAAGAUUAUGCACUUCCUGAAGGAGCCACACUGGACUACUGGAGGCCUGAAGUCCAUGUUCUGGAGUUUUGCUAAGAAGAGCAGUGAAGAAUCAGACCUUUUGGUGGUCCUGGAAAAUCAGAGGCAGAAGGCGAAGUUUGUGAUUUGUAAUUGUAAACUAAAGUUAAUUUUUUUACAUGA